CUCGAGGCAUCAGCAGCUGAUUCAUCACCCCUUCAACACGCAGGCAGUAAAGACUGAGCCUCAGGUUAAGGCUGAUCCCAAGCCAUUCUUCACUCCGACAGGAUGAGAGUGGCAGGUCUGAUUCGUGUUGUGGCUUUCAUUUUCACCGUGGUUACCAUGUGGAUCUUCCUCCGCAGCUAUACCAACUUCAACAGGAAAACCAUCCGUCUGCCACGCUGGCUGGGCAUGCCCCCCAAGGAGACCCACACCCCCAAGUUCAAGUGUGGGCUCAGCAAGAGCUGCCUGAACAACUUCUUCGCAUUUAAAAUCAGCAGUGGAGCUGCCAACGUAGUGGGUCCCUCCAUGUGCUUUGAAGAUGAAAUUAUCAUGAGUCCUGUGCGAAACAAUGUGGGCAGAGGCCUGAACAUCGCUCUGGUGAACGGAACUACUGGACAUGUGAUGAGAAAGGGCAGCUUUGACAUGUACUCUGGAGAACCCAAACCCCUGCUGGACUUCCUUACAGAAAUUCCAGAUAGCACCCUGGUGCUGGUAGCCUCCUAUGACGACCCAGGGACCAAAAUGAAUGACGAAAUCAAGACGCUCUUCACCAACCUGGGGAGUUCCUACGCCAAGCAGCUGGGCUUCCGGGACAGCUGGGUCUUUGUGGGUGCUAAAGACCUCAGGAGUAAAAGCCCGUAUGAGCAGUUCUUAAAGAACAAUCCAGAGACAAACAAAUAUGAAGGAUGGCCGGAGUUACUAGAACUGGAGGGUUGUGUUCCAAGGAAAGUAAUGUAGGAUGGCCACGGCCCUUCUCGCCCAGGGAGUUGACCAAAGAAACACCCAACUGACUUGAGAGCAGAACCCAGGAGUGCUGGGUCCAUGCUGACAGGAGCCGACUGGGAGGAAGAAAGGAGAAGCCGUAUGGGAUGCUCCAAUCAUCCCCUGCACAGUGCGACUCACUUCCCCUCUAAGGAAGCAACAGUCCCCCACUGCUCCAUGGUGAGCAGCUUUAGGACGGGCAGCCACGGGGCCUGUGGAACCAGCUGUAGUGGAGAGAACAAGCCCCUUCAAGACUGCCCAUGGUUGUCUCCGGGAGGACUGGCUGCCUACCCUUACUUGAGCAAGAUUAAAUUCUAUUUUUGCUGAU